AUAGUAAUGCUCAUGGUCAGACGACAUACUUAUUCUUUAAUUGUAAUUAAUUUUGAUUUUAUUAAAGCAAAUAAAAUGUUUCAUGAGCUGUUGGUUGCAUUAUCCGGGACACCUGGAGCUAUUUUUAAAGUUAAUCAAGACAAUAAUGAAAUAGAGGUUACAAAGAAUCUUCCAUUUGUUCAUCCUAGUGAAACUGAGCUGCUCAAUAAAAUCUGUAAAUUAGGGGGUUAUUAUAGAAUGUUUGAGAAUUUCAUAGAAAAAUUCAGUGUUGAUUUAGUUCCUGUUAACAUGAUCCUUAAAACAGAAAUUGUCGAGCAAAACCAGGAUUUACAAGGCCAAUAUCUACAUGCUUUCUGUGCAGGAUUAUCAUUAGUGUUACAGCCGUACCUACUAACUCUUAUUCAUAUUGAAGAUCAAAUCAUGAGAGAUCCACACACUCCAUUGUCACGACUACAUCAAGAACUUGAAGAAUAUUUUUUUGUUUUUCCUACUUUGAUGAAUAUGAUCAAUAAAAUUCAAAAUAAAAAAGUUCAUGGAUGCCAAAUUUUAGAGCUUCUUCAAAAAACCUCUUAUUGUGGAGUUCCUCCAAUCAAAGCUGCUACUGAAAAGAUACUUCAUACAUGUCAUGGUGUUUUGUAUAAACAACUAUCUGCUUGGAUGUUACAUGGGUUGUUGGUAGAUAACUAUCAUGAGUUUUUUAUAGUUGACAAAAAAAAAAUGAAGCUUAGAGAAGAAAGGAAGUUGAGUGAAGAAGAUAAUGUUGAUGGUGCCACUAUGUCAUCAAAUAUGGCUUUACGAGAUGUAAAAGGCAAUGAAUUCAAUGAAGAAAUGCUGUUAACUGAAAGUGCACCAUCAACAAAUGAAAGUUCCAGAAUAACAAUAGUCCCUUCUAUGCUACCAUCUUACAUUCCAACAAGAGUUGCUGAAAAGGUUUUAUUUAUUGGACAAUCUGUUCAGAUGCUCAAAGACACAGAAAAUUUGAAAGCAAACAAUUAUAAUAGUAAAACAAGUAGUAUUUUGCAAGGCAGAGAAACAGAGUUUCUGCAAACUCUGUAUCAGCUUCAAAACCAAUCACAUUUAUCAAUACCUGCUCUAGAAGUUGAAAUUGAUAAGAUAAAAGCAUGUGUUGCUGAGCAAUUGUGGAGAUUAGUUGUAGAGGAAGCAGAUCUCAUGAAGCAUUUGAGGCUAUUGAAAGAAAUGUACUUGCUGGGAAGAGGAGAACUUUACCUAACAUUUGUAGAUCAUGUUUUUUAUUUGAUGAAAGGACCAUCGAGCAGUACAGUAGCUUAUGAUAUCAAUGCUGCAUUCAAGCAAUGCCUUGCCAAAAUUCUUGCAUAUAGUGAGGAACACGAAUCGCUUUUUAGUAUGACACUUGAUGCAUCAGUUCAAGGUCACGAAAAUGAGCCUGGAUUUACAAAGACAACAUGGGAUUACUUACGCCUGUCCUACAAUCCCCCUUGGCCUCUUCAUUUAUUGUUUACACAAUCUGUCAUGGAAAAAUAUGGGGCAUUAUUUACAUUUUUAUUGCGAGUUCGUCGGACUCAAAUUGAACUUCAGAAUGUGUGGUGCCUUCAGAUGACAUCAAGGCGCAAAUUGAGUAAAAAAAAAUCUGCUAGCGUGUUAUGGGCUCUUCGAAGUCGUAUGGCUUUUUUUGUUGAUAAUUUCCAAUAUUAUUUGCAGGUCGAUGUCUUGGAAUCUCAGUUUUCUUUAUUGUUGGAAAAAAUUAAAAAAUUAAGAGAUUUUGAAAGUAUUCAUAAAUCUCACGACUCAUUUCUUAUCACUAUGUUGCAGCAAUCAUUUAUAUCCAUGAAGCCAGUGCUUUCUAUUCUGCAGCAUGUGCUUGAGAUUUGUAUGAAAUUUUGUGAAUUGGUUUCUUUUAAUCGUGAUAGUGAUGAUGAUCUGGAGACAGCACAACAGUACACUCAGGAUUUCGAUCGUCAAACCUCGGUGCUUUUUAAAAUUUUGUCAAGUGUUCGUUCUCACCAGACCUCCCCUCAUCUGGCCCAGCUGUUACUUCGUAUUGAUUUUAAUAAAUAUUUUACAAGAAAAAGUGAGUCAUUUUAAUUUCGAUUGGGCUUCAUCAUUUUUCGUGCGGGGGUUGUUUUGGCUAGUCAUCGUUUCAAUGAAUUCAACAAUUGUGUCAAUUGGUGAAAUAAUGUUGCAAUAUUGAUACAUAUAUAUCUUAUCUAAAUAAAAACAACGUUCAACAGCUGUUUAUCAGAAUGAGAUAAAAUCGAUAAAAACCUCGAUAAAAUCUAAAAGUUCACUCGUGCAAUUUAUUCAAUGGUUACAAUUAACGGUUACGAUGGUUCAAUUCAUCGGUUCAAUUGCUCGGUUCAUUUUAUCCACUUCAAAAAGCUCCGAAGUCAAAGGUUUAACUCUUAAAAGUUCAAGAGCAUUCAGCAGCGCAUAAAAUAUAUAAAACGAUGACUGCAUCUCAUGUUUUAUAUACAAUAUAUAGAUUUAAAUAAAUUUUCACUA